GGGUGGGGAUUAGUUGGGAGGUGGCCAUGGGGCUGCGGCCGGGGUUUGUCCCCUCCUCGGCUUCCGUAGAGGAAGUCCCGCGGACCUUCAUCUGGGGUUUCGGUGUCCCCCUCCCCUUCCCCGGGGUCCGGGGGUGACAUUGCACCGCGCCCCUCGUGGGGUCGCGUCGCCACCCCACGCGGACUCCCCCAGCUGGCGCGCUCCUCCCAUUCGCCUCCCUUGGCCAAGCCUCCACCCCGCCCCCAGCUGCCCCAGCCAUGGGGGCUGCGGUGUUUUUCGGAUGCACUUUCGUUGCGUUCGGCCCAGCCUUCGCGCUUUUCUUGAUCACUGUGGCUGGGGACCCUCUUCGCGUUAUCAUCCUGGUUGCGGGGGCAUUUUUCUGGCUGGUCUCCCUGCUCCUGGCCUCUGUGGUUUGGUUCAUAUUGGUCCAUGUGACAGACCGAUCAGAUGCUCGGCUCCAGUACGGCCUCCUGAUUUUUGGUGCUGCUGUCUCUGUCCUCCUCCAGGAGGUGUUCCGCUUUGCCUACUACAAGCUGCUUAAGAAGGCAGAUGAGGGGUUAGCAUCGCUGAGUGAGGACGGAAGAUCACCCAUCUCCAUCCGCCAGAUGGCCUAUGUUUCUGGUCUCUCCUUCGGUAUCAUCAGUGGUGUCUUCUCUGUUAUCAAUAUUUUGGCUGAUGCACUUGGGCCAGGUGUGGUUGGGAUCCAUGGAGACUCACCCUAUUACUUCUUGACUUCAGCCUUUCUGACAGCAGCCAUUAUCCUGCUCCAUACCUUUUGGGGAGUUGUGUUCUUUGAUGCCUGUGAGAGGAGACGGUACUGGGCUUUGGGCCUGGUGGUUGGGAGUCACCUACUGACGUCGGGACUGACGUUCCUGAACCCCUGGUAUGAGGCCAGCCUGCUGCCCAUCUACGCAGUCACUGUGUCCAUGGGGCUGUGGGCCUUCAUCACAGCCGGAGGCUCCCUCCGCAGUAUCCAGCGCAGCCUCUCGUGCCGACGGCAGGAGGACAGUCGGGUGAUGGUGUAUUCUGCCCUGCGCAUCCCACCCGAGGACUGAGGGAACCUGGGGGGGGACCCCUGGGCCUGGGGUGCCCUCCUGAUCUCCUCGCCCCGUAUUUCUCCAUCUCCAGUUCUGGACAGUGCAGGUUGCCAAGAAAAGGGACUUAGUUUAGCCAUUGCCCUGGAGAUGAAGCGAAUGGAGGCUCAAGGGUAGGCGAGCUUCGAGUUUCCCAGUAUCCUGCCCCCACAAGACUGGACAUCUUAGUCUCUCUCUCAGGUCUCAGAGGGGAACCAUGUUUGGUGUGAUGAUUCCAACUGCCUUUUUUUUUUUUUCCAAUUUGGGGAAGGGAGGAGGUAUGUUGGAAUACUUCUGACCUCCUUGGGCUCCUUUUUCCCCUCCUCAGAUUGCUCAUGGCUGGGCUCAUUUCUAUCCCCUUUCCCCUAGGUCCCAGGCCCUGGGGAAAAGGAAGGACGUGCAUGUUUGGGAACUGGUAUUACUGGAACUAAUGGUUUUAACCUCCUGACCACCAGCAUCCCUCCUCUCCCCAAGGUGAAGUGGAGGGUGCUGUGGUGAGCUGGCCCCUGCAGAGCCCCAGUGCCCGGAGGGUCAGACUCCCAUGACAUCGCAGGGAGGGAGGGCAGAUUUUUUCUAGUUUUUAAUUGGGGUGUGGGAGGGGUGGGAGGUUUUCUAUAAACUGUAUCAUUUUCUGCUGAGGGUGGAGUGUCCCAUCCUUUUAAUCAAGGUGAUUGUGAUUUUGACUAAUAAAAAGGACUUUAUAAUUGUG